AUGAUAGAAAAAAACACAUAAAAAAAUUUUUAAUUUUAAUUUUAUAAAAUAUAAAAACUGGUAUAUUAAACUCGCUUUUUGUCUAAUUAAAUUGGUGAUGCAGGUGCAUCAGGCUUAGGUUCAGCUUUAGCAAAAUGCAUUAAUCUCUCAAAUUUGACACUUGACCUUUAUUUCAAUUAAAUUGGUGAUGAAGGUGCAUCAGGCUUAGGUUCAGCUUUAGCAAAAUGCAUUAAUCUCUCAAAUUUGACACUUGACCUUUGUGAAAAUUAAAUUGGUGCAAUGGGUGCAUCAGGCUUAGGUUCAGCUUUAGCAAAAUGCAUUAAUCUCUCAAAUUUGACACUUUACCUUUAUUACAAUUAAAUUGGUGCAAUGGGUGCAUCAGGCUUAGGUUCAGCUUUAGCAAAAUGCAUUAAUCUCUCAAAUUUGAAACUUGACCUUGGUUACAAUUAAAUUGGUGCAAUGGGUGCAUCAGGCUUAGGUUCAGCUUUAGCAAAAUGCAUUAAUCUCUCAAAUUUGACACUUGACCUUGGGUAAAAACAGUCUAAUUAAAUUGGUGCAUCAGGCUUUUUUUCAGCUUUGGCAAAACGCAUUAAUCUCUCAAAAUAGACACUUGACCUUUAGUUUAAUUAAAUUGGUGAUGAAGGUGCAUCAGGCUUAGGUUCAGCUUUAGCAAAACGCAUUAAUCUCUCAAAAUAGACACUUGACCUUUAUUACAAUUAAAUUGGUGCAAUGGGUGCAUCAGGCUUAGGUUCAGCUUUAGCAAAAUGCAUUAAUCUCUCAAAUUUGACACUUGACCUUAGGUCUAAUUAAAUUGGUGAUGAAGCUGCAUCAGGCUUAGGUUCAGCUUUAGCAAAAUGCAUUAAUCUCUCAAAUUUGACACUUUACCUUGAGUAAAAACAGUUUAUUUGUUUUGAAUUGUGA